AAAAAAUGUGCCAAUUUUUCUGUAGGAAAUUCAGUGGAAAUUUUCUGCUCUUCUGCGGCAGAAAAAUGCGAUCCUGUAUGAAAAAUGAACGCAUUUGGCCGUUUUUGUAAAACUUUCUGUAUAAAUAAGUAUGCCGAGCUCUGUAGAAUUUUGCAUGUCUUUUCUACAGAAAAAUGGCCUAAUUUUGCCAUGUAAAUUUGCAUACGGAAUAGCUAGCUGACCACCACCGUCAUUAAAAGUAACUCGUCAUACAUGAGUGUCAACACAAAAUUUAAAUGCCCAUGUUAUGAAUUUUUAAUGAGAUCACAACAAAAGCACUUAAUAAUUACCAGGCAGGAAUGGGACAAGUUAUAACUGGUCGUACUGUGAAUCGCUUACCGAUUUGGGGUCACCGAUAUCCCGGAAAUUGUAACAAACGUAAACAAUUGGUACCUAAUUGUAAACAAUUUUGGCUAUUCUGCGCCGUCUUGCCGUGGUGGGUGCAAGCAGGUACAUUAUUAAACAACCUGGAAUUUGCAUCCUACAAUGACAAGGGUCGCAUUCGUGCUGACAGCGGCGGCGUGGUCCAUACUUUUGCUCGGUUCAGUUCGCACUUCUCACGUGGAGCAACCGUGGGACCCUUUGGACGCCUUUGGCGACUGGAAACCUGAUAAAAACUACAAGAGAGAAGGCGAAGGCCCCAACAAGGAUCAGGAUUCGAAUGGACGCUACGUGGGAGACUUUAAUUCUGAGUGUUCGGAAUCAAGCACGAUUACCAAGUCGAAAACGACGAUGCACAUCGAGCCGGAAGAUGACAUCAUGAAAACGCCCAACACCAAGUGUCACUGGAACAUUAUUGGAACGGACGACUGUUCUCCAGUCUUGUCGUGUAAGAAGUUCAAGUUGGCGCGUGACACGGGAACGACGAAGGAGGACAAGUGCAAGGACGAGUACCUCGAGGUCACGGACGGUGUCGGAGGUUACGACAAGUUUUGCGGGGACACCGGCCCCUCCGAAGUGUCGGCGACGAAACGCCUCAGAGAUCUUUAUGUCACGUACAAGUCGGGCGAAAAGGAGAACAAGAGGCAGCUCAAGUGCACCGUGACUUGUGCAGCACAGGGCUCGGCUCCCGAACUUCCAAGUACUUUCUCCGCUUCUGUGAGUGACACUUGCAACUGUGGCCGGAAACCGAACGCGGACCGAAUUGUGGGGGGUGAGGAUGCCAAACGAGGCGAAUUUCCGUGGAUUGCGGGUUUGGUCACCGCCAAGACUCGGAAGCCGUUCUGUGGUGGGACCGUGAUCAAUGACCGUUUUAUCCUCACUGCUGCUCACUGUUUUAAGGGGCCGUACAUGAAGAAGGACAACUUGCAGAUCGUGCUGGGUGGUCAUUUCAUGGACUUGACGUCCUCCAAGGUGGCCUCCGGUCAGGGUGGGGAUGAAGCCACGGCCUUCGACGCCGUCCAAGCGGAAGAUGCGAAGCAGAACUCGAUCCGUUUCUCGGUCGAGAAGUAUUUCAUUCAUCCCCUCUACGUCAGACAGACGAAUGACUUUGACGUUGCCCUGAUCAAGCUCACUGAACCGAUUGACUUUGGGAAGUACACGCAAACGGUGCCAGCCUGCUUCCCCGACGCCGCCACGUACCACAACAAGCACGAGGGGAAGAGCGCAACGGUCGCAGGAUGGGGGCUCAACUCCAGCAACGCCUCCGUCACGAUGGGCACCUUGCAGAAAUUGGACGUCAAAGUCUUCACCUUUCACGAGUGCAAGGGAUUCUUUGAGGACAGGUUCACUCAGAGAAUGAUGUGCGCAGGAUUUAAGGAGGCUGGUAAAGAUUCUUGCAAGGGCGAUAGUGGGGGGCCCCUCAUCGCUGAGAAGAGGACGCAGCUGUGGGAGUUGAUCGGGGCCGUAUCGUGGGGGGAAAGUUGUGCUGCUAAAAAUUCGCCGGGCGUCUAUCUGAGAAUAAAUGAGGUGGAGCAGUGGGUGAGAUACAUGGCGAACAAUGAGGACGCGACGUGGUGUUCAGAGUAAUAAAAAAGAAGCUGACUUAAAGAUUGCUGUCCAAUUUUAAUUCACAUUAUGGCAUCUUCUGCAGUGGGGAAUUUGAGACUUUUAGGUUUGCUAGAUUUUUGUCCAAUGUAUAUUCGCUCGCAUUGUUUCAUCUCUCAUGUACAUAAAUUGGAGUAUAAAUUGUAUCAGAGUAUGCAUCAUAAAACGAUCAGCCUCGCAUAAAAUGCACAUCUUAUGUACAUAUGGAGGCAGUGGGGAAUUUGAGACUUUUGGCUUUCCCAUCAUCCAAGAAAGCAGAGAUACUUAUGUAGGCAGGGUCAAGGGCUCUCCUAAUCUCUACGUCCACCUACCUAGAAACACAAUCUUAGGUAAUGCACCUGAGUUUCUG